GGAAAACAUUGUUUUGAGCGAAACCUGUUUGAACAAAUCAGAAUGCAGAAACCAAUGAUCCAUCACCUCAACCACGAGCUCUUUGACAUCUUCCAGCAGGAGAUCAAGGACCUGCACCGAGAUGUUGCGGCCAUUACGAUGGAGAAAUUCAACACCGAACGGUACUAUGAAGACCUUAUCUCAGAAGACAGGAAGGAGAAGCAGGCCUUGCUUCUGGAGAUUCAGGAGCUUAAGGAGAAGCUGGAGAAAGCUGAAGGCCUGGUGGGCAGAGAUGAAACAACGUGCUGCCCCACAAUUCAGGAACUCCAACACGAAAUAAAGGAGAUGCAAGAGAAACACCGUCAGGAGAUGGAGAUGCUCACCACUGAGCUUGAAAUUGAUCUUGCCGUGGCUCAGAAAGAGAUGAAGAAGCUCCAGGAAAAGCUGGAGACUGAACAAAAUCUUGGUGCAAAAGGGGAUUCAGCGAAAAGGGAAACCAUCGAGAUUCCCCUUCAGUUCUCUAGCCACAAGAUUCAACUGGAUCUCCAACAGCUGGAGAAAAUCAUCCUAGACGAAAAAGCACUAAGGAUCCAGGCAGAGAAUCUGUUAGAAAUACUGGACCAAGAAUUGGAAACAGAAAGAAAACUGAGAGCCCAAGUUGAGGCGGACAAGCAAGAAGCAGUGGAGAUCGCAGAGCAGUUGAUUAAAAAGCUUGAAGACGUGGAGAAGACGUCCCAGGAGGCUCCAUCUGACAUCACUUUGGAUGAUCAAAACAAACUUAAACUGGAACUCCAACAGCUGGAGAAAAUGUUCCAAGAGGAGAAAAGACUGAGGGUCCAAGGAGAGAUUAAAAAUGCUUCUCUCCUGAAAACUGUAGAAUGUCUUCGGCAGGAAACAGACGAAAAACGGCCGAAACCAAUGGUCUAUCACCUGAACAACGAGCUCUUUGACAUUUUCCAGCAGGAGAUCAAGGAGCUGCGCCAAGAUGUUGAGGCCAUUACAAUGGAGAAAUUCAACACAAAACGCUGCUAUGAAGAUCUUGUCUCAGAAGAGAGGGAGGAGAAGCAGGCCUUGCUUCUGGAGAUUCAGGAGCUUAAGGAGAAGCUGGAGAAUGAAAAAAAUCUUUGUGCCAAAAGGGAAGCCAUCAACAUUCCCCUCCAGCUCUCCAGCCACGGCGAAGGGUUGAAGAAAGUUCCCUCUGGAUAUUCAACUGAAAUCAAAGUUGGAGAUGAGGACAUUCCUUAUCUUGAUGUCCAACAACUUCAAGAAAUGCUCCAGCGAGAGAGAGAGCUGAGGAUUCAGGCCGAAAAUGAAAAUCUGGAACAAUUUAAAUGUGCUGAGGCUUUCUUUGAUAUGAUGGAGCAAGAGCUGAAUACCGAGCGAGAACUUAGAGCCCAAACUGAGGCGGAUAAACAGGAAGCAGUGGAGAUCGCAGAGGAGUUGAUCAAAAAUCUUGAGAACGUGGAGAAAACGUCCAAACAAGGUCCCACUGAGAUCACAUCAAAUGAUGGGGAGAAGAUCCAACUGGAACUCCAACAGCUGGUGAAAACCAUUAAAGAGGAAAAGGCACGAAGGAUCCAGUCAGAGAAUCUGUUGGAAAUACUGGACCAAGAAUUGAAGGUAGAACUAGAGCUUAGAGCCGAAAUCGAGGCGGACAAACGGGAAGCAAUAGACAUCGCCGAGCAGUUGAUUCAAAAGCUGGAGGACGUGGAGAAGAAAUCCAAGGAAGUUCCAUCUGACAUCACUUUGGAUGAUCAGAACAAACUUAAACUGGAACUCCAACAGCUGGAGAAAAUGUUCCAAGAGGAGAAAACACGAAGGAUCCAGGCAGAGAAUCUGUUAGAGAUACUGGACCAUGAACUGAAGACAGAAUUAGAGCUUAGAAAACAAACAGAGGCGGACAAACAGGAAGCAGUGGAGAUCGCGGAGCAGUUGAUCAAAAAUCUUGAGAACUUGGAGAAAACGUCCAAACAAGGUCCCACUGAGAUCAGAUCAGAUGAUGGGGAUAAGAUUCAACUGGAACUCCAACAGCUGGAGAAAAUGUUCCAAGAGGAGAAAACACGAAGGAUCCAGUCAGAGAAUCUGUUAGAGAUAGUGGAUCAAGAACUGAAGACAGAACUAGAGCUUAGAGAACAAACAGAGGCGGAUAAACAGGAAGCAAUAGACAUCGCGGAGCAGUUGAUCAAAAAGCUCCAAGAGGAGAAAACACGAAGGAUCCAGUCAGAGAAUCUGUUAGAGAUAGUGGAUCAAGAACUGAAAAUGGAACUAGAGCUUAGAGAACAAACAGAGGCGGAUAAACGGGAAGCAAUAGACAUCGCAGAGCAGUUGAUUAAAAAGCUGGAGGACGUGGAGAAGACGUCCAAGGAAGUUCCAUCUGACAUCACUUUGGAUGAUCAGAACAAACUUAAACUGGAACUCCAACAGCUGGAGAAAAUGUUCCAAGAGGAGAAAACACGAAGGAUCCAGGCAGAGAAUCUGUUAGAAAUACUGGACCAUGAACUGAAAAUGGAACUAGAACUUAGAGGCGAAAUCGAGGCGAAUAAACGGGAAGCAAUAGACAUCGCAGAGCAGUUGAUUCAAAAGCUGGAGGACGUGGAGAAGAAAUCCAAGGAAGUUCCAUCUGACAUCAGUUUGGAUGAUCAGAAGAAGCUUAAACUGGAACUCCAACAGCUGGAGAAAAUGUUCCAAGAAGAGAAAAGACUGAGGGUCCAAGGAGAAACUAAAAAUGCUUCUCUCCUGAAAACUGUGGAGUGUCUUCGGCAGGAAACAGAUGAAGAACUGCAAAAAGAAAGGGCUCUGAGAGAAGAGGCACAAAGAGGUAAGCUGGAGUUCCAAGAGGUAAGUGACAAGCUUUACCAGGAUUUAGAGAAAGCCUGUACGAUGACGGAGACGCUCUCGGCUGAGACCGUACUCCUUACCAACAAGCUUCAGGCACAGGACAACAAACAGAGAUCUCUGCUAAACGAUAUCCAGGAACUCACCCUCAUGCUGCAAAAGGAAAAAUCCCUUAAGAUCAAGUCAGCGAACUAUGAGAUGGAGGCCAUGGAGAUGAUAGAGGCUUUGGAGAAGGAAGCCAAAUACAGAACGGGGAAGAAGAAAUAUUUGAAAAAGAAACGCCAUCUUAUCAAAGUUCAAGCUUUUUAA